GAUGUGGAAAUCGCUCGGGCAGCUGUAGCAUUGGUGGCUAGCAGCAAGAGGAGCAAGCAAUAAUGGGUAUUAAUUUUCAAUGAGGCGAAGUCUUUUUAACAACACUUUUUCAGUAGAAGUGUAGCUCCAGUGUACGGGUAGACCAUGGCUGACGACCCUCAAAGAAAUUUUCGAUCAGCCUAUUAUGAGAAAGUUGGCUUUAGAGGAGUUGAGGAGAAGAAGUCUUUGGAAAUAUUGCUCAAAGACAAUCCCCUAGAUUUGGAAAAGCUGAGCACAUUUAGCCAAAGAUUUCCUAUCCCGUCUAUGUACAGAAUACAUGUAUGGAAAGUAUUGCUGGGUAUUCUACCACCCCAUAGUGACUCUCACGCAUUGGUUGGUGGUUAUAGGAAGGAGCAGUACCAGGACAUUUUGGAGGCUCUGGAGGUGAUGCGAUACAUAAAUGUUUCCACCCCAUCCACUCAUGUUUACCUGCGAAUGUUUCAGUUAGAGAAUCAGGUGCUCCCCAGAUGCUCAGAAAUCUCCCCACUGGAUGAGGGGAAUGAAGAUUUUUUGUCCAUAAGCCGGGCCAUGGAUGAGAUUGUUGAUGAUCCUGUUGACUGUUACUGGCUCAUUAAAUGUUUUGUCAAUCAAUUCCACAUAAAGUUCGGAGACUCUCUACCCCACCUGCCAAAAAGCCUUGAACACUACCUGAGUCAAGAAGAGCCUCGGCUGCUAAACCAUUUCAAGCAGACUGGAGCUUUAGCGCAGCUUCCAUAUAAUCUCUGGUUUAGAUGCUGUUUUGCUGGUUGUCUUCCUGAGUCUAGUCUCCAAAGGGUUUGGGACAAGGUGAUAAGUGGGUCCUGUAAAAUUCUUGUGUUUGUAGCUUUGGAGAUACUUUUGAGCUAUAAAAUUGUAUUAAUGGGCCUGAACCGACCUGAAGGAGUGGUGAAGUUUUUGUGCAAUAUCCCACAGGAGAACACAGAUGCCAUUGUGGCAAAAGCCAUUGACCUGUGGCACAAGUACUGUGGUACGCCAAUGCACAGCACUUAAACAAAAUGGCCCCAAGUAUGUGUCCACACCUGUCCUUCAGUCUGACUUCAGUGCCAGAGGAGAAGCCGUUCACAGUUCAAGGGCAACAACUGAGGCAUGUGUGGAAGGACAGGAACCCUGCUGAAGCCUCACACAGUUUAUGGCCGAUGAAACCUAGAGAAGAAUUUGAAUUG